CAUUGUAUAGGUCAUGUCGAAUUCACGUGGCUACUGCUGGUUUCUUGACGGUUAUUGCGAAGAGAAACAAUAAAUAGGUGAAUUACAGUAACUUUUGUUAAUUUAUAUGACGAUAAUUUUACGCAGUAUUCGAAAGAGCAUAAAUUUCACUGGUAGGCAUAUUUUCCAAAACAAACAAAAAAUAUGUGAAAUUUUUAUCUCGAAAGAAAAGUUCACAAAACUCGCUAGCAAACGAGACGCAAUACAAAAAAACGUAUAAGAUUUCAGAAUAAGAAGAUAAUACGUAGCCUGACCAGAAAGAAAAAGGGAGAAAAUAAACAAUAUUUCACUUUAUGAAGAACUAGAGCGGUUAAUUUAAAACACUAAUAAAAAGGAUGCUUUGCGUUACAUAACCUCAAGAACAGGUUAGAAACGCUCCCAAGAAACCACGCAAUUUAUUUUACACAACGUGGUAAAGAUAACGCUUCAACCUACUGUCCUGUAGGAACUCGCUCGAAAAAAAAUUUGUGAGUUUGAAGUAAAUUUGACACAUCGUUAAUUUAUCGUGAAGAAACCAUGAGGAAUCUCAUUGUCAGUGAGAAAAAUUGUAAAGACGUCUAUGUAUUUAACAACAUAGAAAAAAAUCAAGAACUCUCGAAACGCAUUCAAUGUACCAUUAGUCCAAGUUGUAACGAUAUGUAUAUAAUGUUGGACAAUGGCGUUUAUGAAAUAUUAGCCAAAAGCUCCAUUAUUACUGAUGUAGAUAUUGAUCAGCAUUCUUCGUCCAAAAUGAUUGCAAUGGAGUAUUGCAUCACUCUGCAUGAAUUAUAUUGUGCCUACGAGUCGGGUGAUAUUAUUUCGUUCAACAUAAUGGAUCUACCUAGUGGUGAUUACAAAGUAACAGCAACGUUCAGUGAAGGUUUACAAUGUAUGAGAUUUAGUCCAGAUCAUGAAAUAAUUGCUGUUGUAACAGGCAAAGGAAAUGUACACACUAUGGUAUUGGAUUUCCAAGUAAUGUCAAAGGUAAAUUUAUACUCAGAUGAGUUUGGGCAGAAUCAAUUGAUUACUGCUGGUUGGGGCAAGAAAGAAACUCAGUUUCAUGGUUCAGUGGGUAAAGCAGCAGCUCAUGUUAAACCAGAACAAUUGAAACCGAACGAGAAUGAUGACGGUUCUACUCGGCUUGCUUGGCGCGAAGACGGUUCUUUAUUUGCCGUCAACUUUCUACACGCGAAAACAAAAAUUCGAAAGUUUAAAGUAUUCAGCAGAGAAGGUAUCUUAUAUUGGACCAGUGAAGAAAUCAAUGGAUUGGAGGAAUGUAUAGCUUGGAAGCCAUUGUUAAAUUUUAUUGCUGUAACUCAGAUAGUGAACGAUAACUAUGUUGUUGCAUUUUUCGAGAAAAACGGCCUUAAAUACUCGGAACUGUCGCUCCCCUUUAAACCGCAAGAAGUAAAGGUGAAAAAUCUGUUGUGGUCACCAUGUUCAGAAGUUUUAGCUAUUGUUUGUCACGAGUCAACAACGAGCACUACGCUAAUACAAUUGUGGACUGAAAAUAAUUGUCAUUGGUAUCUUAAACAAACUCUUGCCUUUUCUAUGGAGGAUCCACUGCUAUAUGUAACAUGGAGCAAUACAGCAGAUCCUAAUAAAAAAGAAUUGAUUUAUUUAACGACGAGAGAACUUGCUUAUUGCACGUUUUGUUGGGACGUGAAUCAUAGCAAGGGCAAAACUACAGACGAUAAAGCUAUAGUUGGUGUUAUUGAUGGAAACAAAAUAUUAGUUACUAGCUUCAAAGAGGGAGUUGUCCCACCGCCAAUGGCACACCAAGCUAUAGAAACUCCCGAAUCACAAAACGCAAUUGUCUUUGCUCCAAAUAAUAAUGAAUCAUCUUUGGUAAACAGUAAUGAAUUCUGUACUGUUUCAUGUACUAAUAAGUUAACGUUUUUUAAGCAGAUAAAGGAAUCCUCCACAUUGACAUAUAAAGUUAUAAAUUCGUGUAAUAUUGAUUUUGACAUACUAAACAAUUCUGAAUAUGAAUACUUAAAAGUUAAAGAUUUACGUUACUACAUGCAUCAUUUCUUAUGGUUUACGGAAGACAUUAUGUUGUUCUCUAUAAUUACUGAAAAACAUAAUAUCUUAUGUGUUUUAUCUCUAGAUAAAACAAAUACUAAGGAUCGCUUACCAGUACGAAAAGUCUAUGUUUUGGAUUAUCCAAUAGAACAUAUAAUUUCCUCUCCUGAUGCAACUGCAGCUUACGUAAAAGUAAAAAAACAAAUAUUUAAGUACACACUAGAUGACCAAUUUAAAGAAAUAAAUAUAACAUUGAACAAUCUGUGCGUUCAAAUGGAAGUUAUAAAAAUUGAUUCGAAAGAUGUUAUUCUUGCUUUGUAUUCGGAAUAUAGGUUUUUUAUUGACGGAAAAGAAAUUGCUAAGAAUAUCACAGGUUUUUACGUACAUUCUGAUUUCUUGCUUCUCACAACAUUACAAGAUACAUUAAUUUGUGUUCCAUUAAAUGAAAUUGAUCUAAACCGGCUAAGUAAAUGUGAUUUAACGAUCAAGUUCUGGCUAGCUGAUAAGAACGAGAUGUCGGUUAAAGAUAUCUACAUCAGACGACUCGAAAACCUUGCUCGUAUAAUAGUGGUGGUACCAGAAGAUUCGAGAACAAUUUUACAAAUGCCUAGAGGAAAUCUAGAAUGUAUACAACCAAGGGCUUUAUCAGUGCAUAUAUUAAAACAUCAUCUUGAUAAAUGUAAUUAUGUGACGGCGCUUGAUAUAAUGACUAAACAACGUAUAAACUUGAAUUUAAUAUACGAUCACAAUCCACAAUUAUUUUUGGAUAAUGUCAAAAAGUUCGUAGAAAAUAUUGUACAACAUAAAAAAGUGAAUUGGUUGAAUCUGUUUUUGUCAGAAUUACAAAACGAAGAUGUCACCAGUACAAUAUACGCGAAUUGUUAUCAAUAUCAGAAUGAAAAAUGUGACCCUAGAAAGAACGAAUUUUAUAUUCUAUAUACAAUCAAUAAGAUAGAAAAGGUUUGUAAAUUACUAAGAGAAGUCAUGGAAAAACAUCCCGAUGCAAGUAAUUUAAUACAACCAAUAUUGAUAAGUUUUGUGAAAAAUCAGCAAACACAAGGAUUAGAAAAUGCACUUACUAUAAUAAGCCAAAUCAGAAUGGAGGAUUUAAAAAAAUUAACGCCACGUAGUUCUUUCGUAUCUGCCUAUGAAGCAUUGAAAUAUUUACUUCAUUUCGUAAAUAUUGAAACACUGUAUGAUACUGCAUUAGGCAUGUACGAUCUUGAACUUGCACUGUUUAUAGCCUCGAAAUCAUCGAAAGACCCGAAAGAAUAUAUCCCAUUUUUGAAUAAAUUUAAACAUUUAAACAAAUUAAAUGAGAAUUGUAUGAAAUAUUCUAUUAAUGUAUAUCUUAAACGUUAUGAAUUAGCUUUAGAAUUUAUAUCCAAAGAUUCAACUAAGUUUGAGGAAUGCUUAGAUCUAAUACGUAAUCAUAAAUUAUACAAGAAAGCACUGCAAUUGUUUGACAAAAAUACUGAAGAGUAUAAAAAGGUGGUUGCAGUUUAUGGAGAAUUUUUAUUACAAAAAGGCGACUAUCAUAUGGCAGGUAUUAUGUUUUAUAGAAGUGGCGAUCUUGACAAAGCUUUAAAAUCAUUCGAAAUGUCGAGUAAUAAUUGGGAGGACGUAAUCACAGUAGCAAAAGAAAUGAAAUUAAGCUCAAUCGAUUUGCAUGAACUGUAUAGGAGACUGGUUAAAAAUUUGAAGGAACAGCACCAGUAUGAGCCUGCAGCUAUAAUAACAAAAGAAUAUUUAAUUGACGUCGAAGAAGCAGUUGCGCUCUUAUGUGAAGGAAAAAUGUGGAAACACGCAACACGGGUAGCACUUGACGUUAAUCGUUUAGAUCUGAAUGAAACACAUAUUAAGCCUGGAGUGAAAAAACAUGCAGAACAUAUAAUUUUACAAUUGAGUAAAACGAAAGAAGAUUUUAUUAAACAUAAAUCACGCCUUGCUGUAUUGAGAAUAGAAAUGAACAAAACACAAUUGGUUCCUGAUGAAUAUAAUGAUGAAUUAGAAAUUAAUAAAGAAAUUCCAGAUUUUAUUAGUGACACUAGCAGUAUUGCAGAUUCUACUUUAAGUCGAACAUCGCGAACAUCUAUAUCUUCUAGUAAAAGCUACCGGUCAAGUAAGAAUCGUAGGAAACAAACGAGAAAACUGUUCAGUUUAAAAGAAGGCAGCAUAUUUGAGGAUAUAGGUUUAAUGUAUGCUCUAUACCACAUCAUUAAUAAUACGUACAAAAAUGGAGUCGAAUGGUACCCAUUAGUGCAAAUGCUUUAUCGAUUCAAAUUUGAUGAAAGUGCAAAAGAGAUCAUAAUUAAAGGAAAGGAGGUUAUUCAAUUGCUGGAAAAUAGCAAAUCUGAUAUUUGGAACAAGUCAAUUCCUACAAGUUUAAUUGAAAUAGAAAAAAAUAUGAAGGAUAUGACAUCUACACCGGCACAUAUUCAAGAAAUUGUUACAGCUGUUAAACAAAUAGAAUACACCUUACUACUUCCCCCUGAGAUUGAGCCACCAUUUUUGCCAGCCGACUAUUUUUGAAAACAAAAUUUUAAAAAAAUGAAUGUGAUAUUUAAGAAAUAUUUUUUUAGACACUGCAUGAAUGGAUGUGAAUGUAUGAUUUUUUUAUCAUAUAAAUACAAGACAUUAAUUUAAUACAGAUAAA